GGAGAGGGGGCCGCUGCGGCUGGGUCUCGCCUCACCCACCCACCAUCAGAGAUUUGCCUGCCCCCCCCCCCCCCCCCCCCCCCCCCCCCUCCCCCCCAAAAAAAAAUACACCGGCGGAGAUGAGUGGUGGUGCUGGGAGGAGGGUUCUGGAGGCGUGGAAGCUCGGGGUGGUCAAGUACGGCGACGCCCUCAGGCUCCAGGAGAGGCUCGUCGCGGACCGGAGAGCCGGCCGGGUCCCGGACCUCGUGCUCUCGCUGCAGCAUCCGCCUACCUACACCCUCGGCAAGCGGCGCACCGACCACAACCUGCUCGUGCCGGAGUCAAGCCUCGCGGGCCUCGGCGCCGAGCUCUACCGCACGGAGCGGGGCGGCGACGUCACCUUCCACGGCCCGCGCCAGGCCGUGCUCUACCCCAUCCUCUCGCUCCGGGACAUAGGGCUAGGCGCGCGGAGGUAUGUCGAGGGGCUCGAGUCCGCCAUGAUCGAGGUGGCCUCUCUGUACGGCGUCAAGGCGCGGCCGGGGGGCGCCUGCGAGACCGGCGUGUGGGUCGGGGACAGGAAGAUCGGGGCCAUCGGGGUCAGGAUCUCCUCAGGGUUUACCUGCCAUGGCCUGGCCUUCAAUAUCGACCCCGAUUUGGGCUACUUCAAGCACAUUGUGCCCUGCGGCAUUGCUGACAAGGAGGUCACAUCGCUGCGGCGGGAGGCGGCAGUGGAACUCCCUCCUGACGAGGUCAUCCAUGAUCAGCUCGUGCAGAGCUUGGCGACAACCUUCCGUCUCGGUGAUGUUAAAGUCAAGGAUGAUUCAGAGUGUGCAGACAUGAUUAGCUCAGCUGCAACUGUGCAACAUUGAUAUGUAUUUACUCAGUGUACUUCUCUUCUGUCUACUAUGAGUUUGCCUCGACGCCUUGUUAUAAAUUUUUGGGUUCCAAAA